GCGAGUGUUGGUGUGGAUACCGGCAUGCCACCAGGAGACGACGAGACGACGAUCGCUCAGGCCGAUCAUGAACCGGUGCAGCAUAAGGACAGCUUUUCGUCUGUCGAUAGCGUCUCCCAUCCGCAAGAGGAAAAGGGCAUACAGGGAGACCUCUCAGAAGACGGCACUGCAGAAGAAAUAAAAAAAUCUAUGGAUGUUAAUAAAACAGAUAAUUCUGAAGAAGAAGAAUUCGUUCCUCCCGAUGAAGAACUUGCACAGAAAAUUAUAGAUCAGGUAGAAUUUUAUUUUUCUGACGUUAACAUAACAAAAGAUGCAUUUUUACUAAAACAUGUUAAAAGAAACAAAGAAGGCUAUGUUUCUUUAAAGCUGAUUUCUAGUUUCAAAAGAGUAAAACACCUGGCUAAGGACUGGAGAGUAGUCGCUUACGCACUGGCCAAAUCUAAAAAAUUAGAAAUAAACGAGGCUGGAACAAAACUUAGGAGAGUCGAUCCUUUACCUCCUUAUGACCAAACUACUCCAUCCAGAACAGUUGUGGCAAUAGAUUUGCCUUUAGAAAAACCAACUAUUGAAAAUGUAGCCGAAAUGUUCAAAAGUUGUGGUGAAAUCGCACUUAUCCGUAUAUUACGACCCGGGAACCCAAUACCGGCUGAUGUGAGGAAUUUCGUGAACAAGCAUCCUGAAAUGAAUGGAAAAAUUUCGGCUCUUGUAGAAUUUGAAAGAACAGAAUCAGCUCAUAAUGCACUUCAAAAAGAUUCGAACUGGAGAAAUGCUGAAAAUAUGAAAGUAUUGGAACUGAAUGCUCCUCCUUCUGUUGAUAAAAAGAAGAAAAUGAAAAAAGUACCCAGAUCCUUCGAUAUGGACUAUUCCUCAUCCUGUGCGAGUGGCUCUGAGGCCGAGGAUAGGAGGUUCCGUCUACAGCGACGUUGUUCCUCUCCUCACAUAUCAGGAAAUGAAAGUCCUUGGAUGCAAAGAAGAUGGUCCAGAGAUUCUGGUACAGACAGUUCAAGUUCAUACUCACGUUCAAGAUCUAACAGUGGUAUGUUUUUCAUUCCUGAUUAUGUAAGACGUAUGUCAUCCGAUUCUUGUUCAGACAGCUAUGGGUCCAGGUCUAGAUCCAACAGCCGAGUAUCUUUGUCGGAUAUCCGCCGAUUAUCUAUUUCAAGCAAAGAUUCUGAUUGUUACUGUUGCCAUGGAGAUUGCGGGCGUAGAGGCUCUUUAGGAAAAGAUUCCGGAUCUGAAGGUUAUGGUUCAUCAAGAUCAAGAGCUAAUAGUGGAGCUUCAGACAUAAGAAGAAGUUCAAUUGAAUAUUAUUGCUUACCUAAAGGUAAAGAAGGAAGAAUGGCACAAGAUGGAUACUGGGACCAAGGAAGACGUUAUCCCUGUAGAGAACAAGAAGCUGAGAGAAUAAAAACUAGAGAAAAUGUUAUUCGUAUGCCAAGGGGCCCUGAUGGUGGUCGAGGCUUUAUUCCCUCUAAGCCAUCUUGUCAUACAUUAAUUGAAUGAAAAUAAUAUCCAUUAUUCUUAAUUAAUAUUUUUAAAUUUGAGUCUCAAAAUGAAAAAUAUAAAGUGUGGUGUCUUCUCAUUAAGCAAAAACAGAGAAAGAGUAACAAUCUUUUCAUAAUAAUUUAUAAAAGUGAUAAAGAGCUCAUAAGCUGAUGUGCUACUUAAUUUUGUAUAUAUUUAUUUGUUAUUUAAAAUUUAUUUAUUUUUAGGC